AUGGUGAUCCUCGCUCUCUACAUCCUGACCUUCGCCGUGGGCUUCCCCGCCAACGUCUUCACCUUCGCCACGCUGGUGGGCAAGGCGCGUCGGCGCAUCUCCCCUUCUGACAUCCUUCUCCUCAACCUGACGACCGCCGACCUUCUCCUCCUCCUCUUCCUCCCGUUCAAGAUGGCCGAAGCAGCCGCCAACAGGACUUGGCCCUUACCGCCUGUCCUCUGCCCCGUGGCCAACUUCUGCUUCUACUCCAGCAUCUACCUCAGCAGCCUCUUCUUGGCCGCCCUCAGCGUUGAGCGGUAUCUCGGCGUCGUCUUCCCCCUCCAGUACAAGGACCGGAGAAGACCAGGGCGGGUGAUGGCCGCCAGCGUCGUCCUCUGGCUCUUGGCCUGUUCCCAUUGCUCCAUCGUCUUCGUGGCCCAGUAUCACGGCGGUAAGAACCGGCACAUGGCCAACAGGUCCACAGUCAUCAGCUCUGAGAGCUCCACCGUCAACGCGUUCAAGCGCGGUAGCUCCAAGACAACCACUGUCUAUAGCUUCGACCGCAACGGCUUGGCCAUCACCAGCCCCGAUGGCUUCAACCGUGAUAGCUUCAGCAUCUCCAACCCUCGAUACUCCGUCAGCGACGAUGGCUCCAUCACCAACGGCUUCGACCGCAGAAGCUCUGAGAUCUCCAGCCCCAACAUCACCCAUCCCAAGGCCUUCAAGGUCUCCCACGCUGCUGACUCCACGGCCAAUGGCUUCAUCCGCCAUGGCUCUAAGACCACCAACGGCGACUUCUCCACCCGCCAUGGCUCCAGGAUCUCCAAGCCCAACGGCCUCAAGACCUCCAAGCUCAGCAGGCCCAAGACCUCGAACCUGCACAUCUCCAUCUCCAAAAUCUCCACCGGCAACGGCGCCAACAUCCAGGAUAUCUCCGGCCCCACCGGUGUCUCCCAGACCUCCGACGUCCCCAGUUCAUCAGCUCCCAGCACCCGUGAUGGCUCCAACACCACCAAGGCCUACGUCUGCUACGAUGACUUCUCUGAGGAGCAGCUGAGCUUUGUCCUCCCGCUACGCCUGGAGCUCUUCCUCGUCCUCUUCCUCCUGCCCUUCGCCGUCACCAUCUUCUGCUACAUCAAUUUCGUGCGGGUUCUCCUCUCCCGGCCCAAUAUCCCGCUGGAGAAGAAGCAACGAGCCGUGGGCUUGGCCGUGGCCACCAUGGUCAACUUCGGGGUCUGCUUCGCGCCUUACAACAUCUCACACGUGGUCGGCUUCGUGGAGAAGAAGAGCCCAGAGUGGAGGUUCUACGUUUUGCUCCUCACCAGCCUCAACGCCGCUCUUGACCCCAUCAUCUUCUACUUCUCCUCUACGGCGGUGCAGAGGGCCGUGGCCGGGGUGGUGGCGGCCGUGCGGGACAAGCUACGGGUUGUGGCGGGAGGGUGUUAUGGGGUACGUGCUCCUCAAGUGUCCCAGGAUGAGUCUGAGGGCACGUUGACAUGA